CCCCCUCCAGCCUCUUCCUCCUCUUCCUCCUCUUCCUCCUCAGUGCGCACAGCUGGCGACCUACAGACUGCAACGCUGGAAGGAGUACCUCUACCCCGCAAACUGGACCCGUGUUUGAUGGAGGACAUCGUUUAGAACAAGUACUUGGAUAUUUAUUCACGUUUUGUCUUUGAGGGGGUUCAGUUUGUGAACUUCUGGCUCACCAAAUUUGAAGACCCAGCCCCCCCUUUCUUGUCCACUGGAACCGUUCUAACCUCCUCAUACUGGAAACAUAAGCUGAAAUGAUGGAGAAGUCAAGACGCAGGGAAAAGUUAGCGUUCAGCCUUCUGUUUGGGUUGUGGUUACCUUGCUGUUUGGCCCAGACCACGCCAUCGAACGCAGCCACACGGACUCCAACGCGGAUUCCAACGCGGAUUCCCACACCGUCCCCGUCCCCGUCCCCGUCCCCACAGCCCCAGACCGAACGCCUCAUGGUCAGACUGACCGGAUACCCCCGAAAACACAACGAGGGUCGGGUAGAGCUUUUCCACAAGGGGGAGUGGGGAACCAUCUGUGACGACGACUUCUCGAUAGCAAACGCUAACGUGCUCUGUCGCCAACUGGGUUUCGUCUCAGCUACAGGAUGGACCCACAGCGCCAAAUACGGCAAGGGCCAAGGGAAAAUCUGGCUGGACAACGUGCAGUGUAACGGAGGUGAGAAGAGCGUUGAAUCCUGCAAGUCUCGCGGCUGGGGCAACAGUGACUGCACUCACGACGAGGACGCCGGAGUUGUGUGCAAAGACGAGAGGAUUCCCGGCUUUGUGGACUCAAAUGUUAUUGACGCUCAGGUCGAUGACAACAAGAUAGAGGAGGUGCGGCUCCGGCCCGUGGUCGCCACGGCCAGAAAGAAGCUGCCCAUCAUGGAGGGCGUGCUGGAGGUGAAAUACAAAGACGGCUGGGCGCAGAUCUGCGACCUGGGGUGGACGAUCAAAAACACACAUGUGGUCUGCGGCAUGCUGGGAUUCCCACAUGAGAGGAAAGUCAACAAGAACUUCUACAAACGUCUGAAAAAGCGAGCAGCUGAGAAGGUCUCCAGGCCAAAGGUUAAUGUUUCAGCCGGUGGAAGGCAGACAUCCAAAGCUAAAGCUAACUCUAAGUCUAAACAGAGUCCUGCCAAAAGGUUGUAUUUGGAGCGUCAGAAGAACCACUUCCACGUUCACUCUGUGGCGUGCACGGGCACAGAGAUCCACCUGGCAGCCUGCCCUCUGGAGUUCAGCAAGCGCAACGCGACGUCGACCUGCGAGGGCGGCAUGGCGGCCGUCGUCAGCUGCAUGCCGGGGCCGCUGUUCAUCCAGAGCAGUGGUUUGAAGAAGAAACCUAAGAUUUCGAACAACGUGAGGCUGAAGGGAGGCGCCAGGGUGGGCGAGGGUCGGGUGGAGGUGCUGAAAGACAACGAGUGGGGGACCGUGUGCGACGACCGCUGGAACCUGCAGUCGGCCAGCGUCGUCUGCAGGGAGCUCGGCUUCGGCACCGCCAAGGAGGCGCUCACCGGAGCCCGCAUGGGACAAGGAAUCGGUCCGAUCUACAUGAACGAGGUGAAGUGUCUCGGCCAGGAGAAGUCCAUCUGGAACUGCCCCUUUAAGAACAUCACAUCCGACGACUGUCAACACAUGGAGGACGCUGCCGUCCGCUGCAACCUGCCCUACAUGGGACUGGAGAACUCGAUCCGACUCACGGGAGGGCGGACCCGUUACGAGGGCCGCGUGGAGCUGCUGAGCUCAGACUCUAACGGGACGCAGAGCUGGGGUCUGAUCUGUGGAGAGACCUGGAACACCAGGGAGGCCACGGUGGCCUGCAGGCAGCUGGGUUUGGGCUACGCUAACCAGGGCCUGCAAAUCCGGAUAGUGGGCGGCCGGGUGCCUUAUGAGGGCCGGGUGGAGGUUCAGGUUGGCUCCAAGUGGGGCACAGUGUGCAGCACAGGCUGGACCACAAAGGAAGCCAUGGUGGUGUGCAGGCAGCUGGGGCUCGGCUACUCCAUGCAUGCCAUCACUGAAACGUGGUACUGGGACACCAGUAAUGUGACGGACAUGGUAAUGAGCGGCGUGAAGUGCACGGGGAACGAGAUGUCUCUGAGUCACUGCCAGCAUCACAAAACCGUCAGCUGCCAGAAAGCGGCGGCAAAGUUUGCGGCGGGAGUCAUCUGCUCCGACACGGCCUCCGACCUGGUCCUGGACGCCCUUCAGGUGCAGCAGACGGUUUACAUCGAGGACCGUCCUCUGCACAUGCUCUACUGCGCUGCCGAGGAGGACUGCCUGUCCAAGUCUGCAGCUCAGGCCAACUGGCCCUACGGACACCGACGCCUGCUGCGCUUCUCCUCGCAGAUCCACAACAUCGGCCGCGCCGACUUCAAGCCGAAGGCCGGGCGGCACUCGUGGGUCUGGCACGCCUGCCAUGGACAUUAUCACUCCAUGGAUAUCUUCACGCACUACGAUCUGAUGAACGCCAACGGGACCAAAGUGGCCGAAGGACACAAGGCCAGUUUCUGCCUGGAGGACACAGACUGUCACGAGGGUGUUUCUAAGCGGUACGAAUGCGCCAACUUUGGCAAUCAGGGCAUCACUGUGGGCUGCUGGGAUCUGUACCGUCACGACAUCGACUGCCAGUGGAUCGACAUCACAGACGUCAAACCUGGAAACUACAUCCUGCAGAUUGUGAUUAAUCCAAAUCACGAAGUGGCUGAAAGCGACUUCACCAACAACUGCAUGAAAUGCAACUGCAAAUAUGACGGACAUCGAAUCUGGCUCCAUAACUGCCACAUCGGUGAUGCGUUCAGCGAGGAGGCAGAGAGGAGGUUUGAGAAAUACCCCGGGCAGCUAAACAACCAGAUUCCUUAAUCGACAAUAAUUUCACAACAAACUCGAGUCGGUGAAUAAAAACAUCGAGACGCAUACUUUAUAUUUUCAGGUUCCAAACUGGAUUCCUCCUCGUAUUAUUUGGAGUCAUGGAAGAAGCCAACAGUGUUUUAUAUUAUACUUCAGUGUAAUGUGAGCUCAUGAGUUACGAAUGAUCCGAGUCAUGAAUGAGGUUUUAAUUGUAUGGAGAUAAAUGUGUCUAAAUAUUAUUUGUGUGACAAUCCGUAAAUAUAAAAGCCCUUCCACAAAGA